AUGGAAGAACAAAUCAGUAAGCUUGGAAUAUUCAUCGAUAGACUUGAACAUCGCAGAGAUAACGAGACAUUACAAUGCACAACAAACAAAGUGGUGUUAUUUCUUAAAGACUUGUUUGACGCUUUUUCCUCUUUUUAUAAUGAAUAUCAGACUCAAGUCGCACAGCUGACGAAGACGAUAAAAGAGAUGACUCCCAUUCCACCUCAACAACAAAUAGAAAACGUCAAAGUCGCAAAUAGCUUAUCACAAGACGACUUUGUAGAGUUAAAGAAAUUCACACAAAAACAGAGUUAUAAGGUGUUGUAUACUGGUGAUGUCCCAACAACAAAACGAUUUAAUGAAAUUGUCGGUGGACACACAAAUGUAUCGUUGGUCGUUACAACAAAAGAGAACAUCACUUUCGGCUGCCAUUCGACUAAAUUAAAAACACCGAAUUCAAUUCGAGACAAUGACUUCGACGUUGAAAACGACAAGGGAUUCUUCGCAUUCACCUUGAAUAAUUCGCGAAGUGUCCCGCCAACCAAAUUUACUAAGAAAGACGUGUCUUACACUGUCGCGCGAUUCGCUUCUAACAACGAAACAAUGUUAGUCGAGGCGGAAGGCUUCUUUAAAUUGGCAACAGGAGAAGGGACUUCUAUGUUAGCAAAGGAUUUUGCAGAAAAUUACGACGACAAGACUGGGUGUGGUUCUAAUUUGUUUGUUUUGAAAGAUGGCUGCGAUGUGUUCGAUGCUAAGCGACUUGAUAUCAUUGAAUGGAAAUAA